CUUCAUCAUCAAACUCACCUGCGAUCGAAACCCCAGCCCGACGCGAGACCUCGACGCGAGAACUCGACCGAAACCCUAGAUCAGAUCAGAGCCGGAGCGGCGGCGGCCAUGGCGAUCAUCUCCGAGGACAUCAUGCAAGAGGACGAGACCUCACCGCAGCCUCAGCAGCAGCAGGCGGCGGCCGCCGCCCAGAAGGACAACAGCAGCACGGAGGCGGAGAAGAAGGAGACGGAGGAGGAGAGCAAGGGGAGGCAGCCGAACUCCGGCAACGGCCUCGACCUGGACAAGUACUCGUGGGCGCAGCAGCUGCCGGAGGUGAACCUCACCGUCCCCGUCCCCGAGGGGACCAAGGGCCGGUCCGUCGUCUGCGAGAUCAAGAAGGACCGCCUCAAGGUCGGGCUCAAGGGCCAGCCCCCCAUCAUCGACGGCGAGCUGCACAAGCCCGUCAAGGUCGAGGACUGCUUCUGGAGCAUCGAGGACGGGAGGUCGCUGUCUAUACUGCUGACCAAGCGUAACCGGAGCGAGUGGUGGAAAACCCUGAUCAAGGGCGAUCCGGAGAUCGACACCCAGCGCGCCGAGCCGGAGAGCAGCAAGCUCUCGGACCUGGACCCCGAGACGAGGCAGACCGUGGAGAAGAUGAUGUUCGACCAGCGCCAGAAGCAGAUGGGCCUGCCCACCAGCGACGAGAUGCAGAACCAGGACAUGCUCAAGAAGCUCAAGUCCCAGUACCCGGACAUGGACUUCUCCGGGAUGAAGAUGCCUUCAAAAAAUUGGAUCUUCCAAGAAAUUAGGCUUUCGUGCUCACUGCACGGCAGCCAGUCAAGUAGAGACAGAGCGGCGGCCAUGGCGAUCAUCUCCGAGGACAUCAUGCAGGAGGACGAGGCGUCGACGCAGCCGCAGCAGCAGGCGGCGGCCGUGAAGGAGAACAGCACGGAGGUGGAGAAGAAGGAGAAGGAGGAGAGCAAGGGGAGGCAGCCAAACUCCGGCAACGGCCUCGACCUGGACAACUACUCGUGGGCGCAGCAGCUACCAGAGGUGAACAUCUCCGUCCCCCUCCCUGAAGGAACGAAGGCGAGGUUCGUCGUCUGCGAGAUCAAGAAGGACCACCUCAAGGUCGGACUCAAGGGCCAGCCUCCCAUCAUCGAUGGUGAGCUGCACAAACCAGUCAAGGUCGAGGACUGCUUCUGGAGCAUCGAGGACGGGAGCUUGAUGUCCAUACUGCUGACAAAGCGUAAUCAGAGCGACUGGUGGAAAUCCCUGAUCAAAGGCGAUCCGGAGAUUGACACCCAGCGUGCCGAGCCGGAGAGCAGCAAGCUCUCGGAUCUGGACCCCGAGACGAGGCAGACCGUGGAGAAGAUGAUGUUCGACCAGCGCCAGAAGCAGAUGGGCCUGCCCACCAGCGAGGAGAUGCAGAACCAGGACAUGCUCAAGAAACUCAAGUCCCAGUACCCGGACAUGGACUUCUCGGGGAUGAAGAUGCCUUCUUAAGAUUGUCUCUUACUUAGCUGGAGCCUGGAGGAUCUAAGGCGAUAAUGCGGAAGAAUUUUAGAUGGAGAAAUCGCUUCUACCUUAAUUAGUAUAGUUUCUAUUUGGGUGUCGUAGUAUUUUAAGUGUCUGUUUAUGCGUCUACGUACCUUUUGUAGUUUGCUUUUUUUUUUUUGCGAUGGGCCUUUUGUAGUUUGCUAUUUGGAUGACUUGUGGUUGGAUGGCAACAGUUUUUCCGAUGCUUCAGAAAUAAGUUAACUAGUA